CGGGCAGCCUCUGGCAGCCCUGAGCCGGCUGCCCGGUCCCCGGCAACAGGGAAAGAAUGGCGCUGAAGCGGAUCCAGAAGGAAUUAACAGACCUGCAGAGGGACCCUCCAGCCCAGUGCUCCGCAGGACCUGUGGGAGAUGAUUGGUUCUACUGGCAGGCCACCAUCACCGGCCCGAAUGACAGCCCAUACCAAGGAGGCGUUUUCUUCCUGAACAUCCACUUUCCCACAGAUUACCCAUUCAAACCCCCUAAGGUUGCUUUCGCCACCAAAAUUUACCACCCCAACAUCAGCAGCAACGGCAGCAUCUGCCUUGAUGUCCUGCAGUCCCUGUGGUCUCCAUCACUGACGGUGUCCAAAGUGCUCUUGUCCAUCUGCGCCCUGCUCAGCGACCCCAGCCCUGACGACCCUCUGAUGCCAGAGAUCGCCCACACCUACAAGGCCAACAGAGAGAAAUACAACAGACUAGCGAGAGAGUGGACACAGAAAUAUGCCAUGUAAGUGCCUCGGAGGUUUCACAGCAAAGAGGCCCUUCCGCGAAACUGAGCUCCUGGCCCAGCCACUCCCAGAGCGCCCUCUCUUACAAAGACAAAUGCUGGCCGCACUUUCUCCAGCCGCAGCCCGUUGGGGCCACUCUCUGCUGUUGUGGCUUUGACAACAUCAGAUCUUUAAUGCCAACUUAGUAGUCACUGUUAUAACUGCAGCCUUCCUGGCCACAAUGGAAUCAGUCCCUGCACCCCGACUCACCACUGGUCUCAUGGGGCAACAAUGUGCCAUGCACCUCCCCUGCCUGACCUUGAGUGUCACCCCUCGCCAUGGCACCACCCAGGCCUCUGCCUCACCCUCACCUCUGGAUCUCAGCUGCAGCCUGGGUGCCCCAGGCAGAGCGAGCACUGUCUGCUGCAGACCUUGUCUCAGGAGGUGCUCCAUCCCGGGAGUCAGGAGCACUGUCACUGGGACAGCGUCCCUCUGUGUGCUGGCAUCCCCCCCUCACCAGGCAGCAACAGCACAUAGAACACCCCAGGACAGGCGGCUGUCUUUUCAGGGGCCAGACCUGCAGAGACUGUGGUCCACUUUCCCACAUGACCAGGAUUUUCAGUGCCCACCUCCCCCCGGAGCCAGUGCUCAGCUCAGUGUG